GGGCGGCUCAAAGGUUCAGAUGAUGGCAAGGCAAGUGCAGUAAGUAGUACUGCCCCGUAGAUCCCCGUAGACAGCCAUAGAGCGUGUCCGCAGGGCCCUGAACGAGCCCGGCCGAAAGAGAAAAUCGCCUCUGGUGGGUCGGAACUAGUCCGACGUCCCGGAAAAUUGGAACUAUCGUCACCCGCAGCACUGGCCAAGCAACCGGGCGAUUCGUGAGAUAGCUCGGACCCGUGCAUGAGAUAGGUGCGGUACAUCGGCAAGCUAGUGGUUAUGGGCGUGGACCAGUCCGAGCCCAAUGGAGUCCACAGAGGAGCCCUUAAUGAGGUAUCAUAUAGUCUAGUCCCGGUAUCCGUCAUGAGAAGCGGAGUCCAGUGGCUCGCCAGGGGCGUCACCUGCGUAAUGGGGGGGACUCUUGGGUCCAGUAAAUGGGGAAGCCUGUAACCUGCUUAUUGGGAGUUUCUUAUGCGGCAUGACGGUCAAUGUGCGAAUCAUGGAAGGGCGCAUACACCGAAGGAUAGGCCAAGCCGACAGGGCCGAUCAUUGAAUCGGACUGAUAGGGGGGAAAGGGAGUCUCCACCUGGCAGCUGCGACGGGGUUAACCUUACAUGCAGUCAAAUACUCUUCUUUGGAAAGAAAGACUUUUCGAAGGAAGAAUCGUACCUGAUUCCUGGGAGUCGGAUGCAAUGGUACGUGGCGCUGUCACUGCCAGUGCCACUGAACUUUCCGACCACUUUGAAUUCAUUGUUGUCAUUGUUGUUGAACGGUUGCUUAAAAGCUACCCAAUUAUUAGGGAUGAACAUGACUAACUGGCCUGUAACCCUGGAGGAUCUAAAUUAUUAUCCGGGUCGAUAAGUUUGGGAGGUGUGGUAGGUGAACCCUGGCCCUAAUGCUGUCACACUUUUGUACUUUCAUCAUUA